AUGAGAUCGUCAACAAAGGAGUGCUGCUGGUAUGUCAUCACAUUUCUGUUGAUGGUAGAAUGGGUAUCCACAGAGGUGCAAGUGCCAUCGAAUACCGAGGGCAGUGUGAUGCAAUCACCAGUGAAUCAUACGAAUUCACGGGUAUUACGGAGGCGAAGAUUCGUGAGAUUUCCCAUUCCCGGGUACUUCGAGGCACCACCGAGUGGAAGGAGUGUCUACCCGAUCGCCCGAUUCUCGCCGGUACCGGGGCCAUCCUGGAGACAGUCGAAAUCUUACUGGCGGCAGCCGGCAGCGCCUGUCAUGGCGCACAGGAGUCCCAGGUUGAUAUUCAGGGAUGAGUUUCCCACGUUUCCAGGGUCCGGGGUUGGAUCUUCUUUCUUCCAGUCGAAUAAUCAUGUGUCGCCGGAGGUUGACGACGAGUUCAGAGAUCACCGGAAACAAAUUUACAGUGAUUACCCGAAGGUUGAUACAGAAAUACCGCGGAAUGAAAAAAAACCAUCGUGGCAGGGUGACGAUACAUUGUGCGCUGACGGAAGGAGCUGUGAAUUUUUUCUUAAAUGCUGGAUGACAUCCGGUCUGUUGGAUGGCAGUUGUGGUGGAAUUAUGUACGCAUGUUGCCAUCGUAAAGAUCCAAAAACUAGCAAUGAUUUAAAUCUCGUUGAUCCGCCUAGAGAACAGUUGCAUCAGCAGUUUGAUUUGGACGGAUUUACGGAUACAGCGAGUGACGAGCAGUGUGGAAUUUCAUCGACAAAACAGACUGCCCAGAGGAGAAUUGUGGGUGGUGAUGAUGCAGGAUUUGGGAGCUUUCCCUGGCAGGCUUACAUUCGCAUUGGAUCGAGCAGAUGCGGAGGAACUCUUGUCAAUCGCUACCACGUGGUGACAGCAGGACAUUGUGUAGCCAAAGCCUCCGCUCGUCAAGUGCAAGUGACUCUGGGGGAUUACGUUGUCAAUUCAGCCUCGGAGAGCCUUCCCGCUUACACCUUCGGCGUUCGGGAGAUCCGGGUGCAUCCGUACUUCAAAUUCACACCUCAGGCCGACAGGUUUGAUGUCGCUGUGCUCAGGCUAGACAGACCCGUGCACUACAUGGCGCACAUCUCACCGAUCUGUCUGCCAGACAAGAAUGAAGACUUCCUGGGGCAAUACGGGUGGGCCGCCGGGUGGGGAGCCCUCCAGGCCGGCUCGAGACUCAGACCUAAGACUCUACAGUCGGUAGAUGUACCAGUAAUCGAUAACAGAGUGUGCGAGAGGUGGCACAGGACGAAUGGAAUAAAUGUUGUUAUCUACGAUGAGAUGAUGUGUGCUGGGUAUCGAGGGGGUGGCAAGGACUCGUGUCAAGGAGACAGUGGAGGUCCCCUGAUGCUCGAGAGAACCGGACGUUGGUACUUGAUCGGCAUUGUAUCGGCGGGAUACAGUUGUGCACAGCCGGGACAGCCUGGCAUCUACCAUCGAGUGGCAAAAACUGUCGACUGGAUCACAUACGUCAUUAACUCGUAGAAA